UGGUUUGGCCGCAGUAGCAGCGAGCGCGCGCUAGUGUCGGCAUCGGUGCUGCUCGUCCCUUUCCAUAUCCGUCACCUUCCACCUCCUGGUACGAUCACGGACCUCCGAGGAACAAGCACGACCAGAGAGAACCGGUUCCUAUCGGCUGGUGGAAAGCGGCACGAGGCGGCGCGAGCUUACCCGGGACACCGGAUUUCGUAUCGUCCAGCGGAUACCAAACGUUAUCCGACAUGAGCACCUCCACGUUCCUAGGGAAUUCGGACGGUCUGGUGACAGGACUUUGUCCCGCGCCUCCACCACCACCACCACCGCCUCCAGUACCUGGUCAGGUGCCGGCCAUGAGGAUCAACACCGUCGAGGCACCAACGAUAAAACGGCAACAGAUAGCUAGUAACGAUGCUUACGAGCCACCAGCAGCCAUCCAAAACGCGAUGCUGACGAAAGAUAAGAAGCCGUUCACGUACACACCAGGAAUGGGUGGCAAGCUGGAUCUAUCUCAGAUUCGAAGUCCACGAAUGGCACGCAGAGUGGCGAAGAACGCAAACGACGAAGGUAUCGAAGGUCCGCCGAAGUCAGCACUCGAACCGAAGCCGACACCAGCGCCAAAUACCGGGGCGAAUUUGUUCGUUCAGCCCCAAGUAGCGAUCCCUGUCUUCCCGACUAAUAUUCCAAUCCAACCACCGAUCAACAGGACACCGCCGACGCCUCCUGCGAACAAGACUCCCCCUACGCUUCCCGCGAAUAAGACUCCCCCUAUCACUCCAGAGAAACAAGCAGAGCCAAUAAAAGUCGUGACCAAAGUAGAUACCAAAGCUACACCGAACGCGGCGACCACCACUCAACCGAGUUCACCCGAAAGUCCUAGCACGCCGACCCAAGUGACCCUGACUAAAGCACCGACACCUUGGCUCCAGAAUAAGAACAAACCGCAGGAAGAAUUGCCCGAGUGGGCGAAACGUUCGAGCGUGAAUAAGCAGAGCUCGUCGCCCGAGAGUCCGACGUCACCGCCGGUAUACGCGUCGGUUCAACAAACACAGCCCCAGCAGCAGCCAGUGCAGUGGCAACAAACUCAGCAGAAACAGCAGCCGAUUCAGCAAAGGCCGCAGCAGCAGCACCAACAGCCUCAACAAUUUAAUCAGCAGCAACAGAAACGUCCGUAUUCUAGUCCUCCACUAACGCAACAGACCAGUCCGCAAGCAAAUUUGCAGGAACGAGUGAUACCUAUCCGCAUCGAGGAUAGACCAUCCGUGUUCGACGUGAAACAUGAAUCGGGUCACCAUCAGUUCAAGCAACCCACUCCACAUCAUCAGCAACGAUGGGGUGGUCCUGUUCAAAACCAAUUUCAGAAUCAAGUGCAAUCACCUCAGCCUCAACCAUCCUCAGGUGGUACCUUCAUCAUACCUAUGAUGGUGGAAGGCAGCGAGAGGAAGCCUGUUGGAGGACCUGUCUCGAACACCUCCUACCCGCAACCAAUAGUCAGGAAUAACACACCGAAUAUUGAGAAUCAGACUGUGAAAGUGAUACCGCAACGUGGUCCAGUACAGAUUCAACAACCAGAUUCCGGUCCAGUUCAGUCUCGGUCGUUCCGUGUUCUCCAGAAGAUCACUGACACGGACUCGAAUGAUGUGGACACAGAACAAGUUCGCAAGCUCCAGCUGUCCGAUGAUGAUAGAAUUUUGAUGAAUAAAUUCAAAGAACAAGUCGACAAUGAAUCUUCUCUUCAUAACGAGGAGGAUCCUAGAUAUCGCGGAGCGGCGAUACCCUCUCGUGCUUUCCGCUUCCUGCAAACUAUGACGGAUUCCGGUGAUGCCGCUGUUAUGAACACUGCACCACGAGCACAGUCCGCCAUAAACAAGAAGCAGAACAGGAACUCAAAGACUUUUGAAGAAACUCAAGCAAACCUACCACCGAGCGAGCAACAAGUACCGGAGCCAAAGAAAUACAUGGGCAGCGCGAUUCCCUCGAGAUCCUUCAGGAUAUUGCAAGCCAUGACGGCACCGGAAAGCGUCGCCACGCAAGAAAAUCGUCAAGCAGAUUACACCUGCCAAACAGAGAAUAACGUGCCGGGCAAUCAGCAGGGGGGUUUGUACCUUCCUCCUUGUCCCCCGCCAUUUUGGUCCCCGGACAAUGGUUGGUGGGGUUACUAUCCUCUCCCUUAUCCAGCUGUCGCCAACGAAUCAUUUCCUUAUCAUUCAGACAACACAGCUUACGUAUACUUUCCCAUUUACAAUCAAAAUUAUCCGGGCUAUUAUGACUCUGUCAAUGCCGCGAAGAACGGGUACCCUAGUGUUUACGCGUCCUACGUGGUACCUGUGUCUCCACCGACCAACAACUGUAAUCUCAAUUACGAGCAAGUUGGUAACGGUGUAGCGGUACCUAAAAUUGAUCCACAAUUGAAUAUUCCUGAUAACGAGACUCACGAAGGAGCAAUUUCAAAGGACACCGAUGACCUAAGGGGUCCGCCUCAGUGGGACGAGAAGCACGUGUCUAGAAGCCCGAGUAGCAAUAGCAAGGACAGCGACUGCACCACAGCUAUGAACAUCACCGACGAAGAAGAGAUUCCUGAAGUUAUGGUUGUUUCAGAACCAGAUGCAAAUCAAUCUGAUCGUUCAGAGAAAGCUUGCACCAAUGGUAGUUUGAACGUCAGUGUACCUAACUACACCUACAUCGACACCAGCGAUUCCAGUGACACCAGUGACUCGCAGUCCGACAACGAAUCCAUUGUAGAGUCUACCAAAAGCAGUAGCGAUAAUAAUGCUAAUGACACGUCCUCGGAUAGCGAUGAUUCUGACUCUUAUCUGGCCUACUCGACCGGACUGAAUCCCCAUGGCAGGUUCGAUGAUAACAAGAACCCGACGAACUGCCCUGACAAAGAAUGUAAUACUCAUGUUCAGAAAGUUGAGUCCAGGAACAACACUGAUUGCGACUCUGAUGAUGGACAGCUUGAAGGACACCUUGAAGAAACUGGUACCAACGCGUUUCCUCAUAAACUGAGUGUGAUCUAUGAGGAUGUGGAACGACCUGAUUCGGUGAGUCCUCGGCCUCCGGAGGGUAUAACACCUUUCGAGGCCACGGAUGACCCUCCUGACGAAGCUGACACCACGACAGUGAGUGUCAGUCUACCGUUGAGGUUCAAGUUCUCAGUCUCGGAGAAUAACGAGGAUGUGACUACAGUAAUUGUUGGAGACAGCAUGAUCAAGCCUGAGAGGCCCUGCAAGGACGAAGGUCGUAGUUCGAAGACCCAGGAACACAAGAAUCAUACAGAUAAAAUUAAUGAGGUUUCGGCAAAUUUUCUGGUGAACAAUGACACUAGUGCGGAUUUCACUGUUAAAAGGGAUAGUUCCGAGAGCAAACGAAGAGCGAAGAGUAAUAUGAAUGAAAGGACGAAUGGGAAUAAGGUGGAAAAAAACGAUGACCCUGUGGUGCCUCACGUGAACUUCACCUUGAGGAAGAUUCCGACGAGGUUUAAUAGAAUUAACUGCGAGGAGACAGUGGAGACAGAGUUCACAAUCAAACCUAAGAAAGCAUCCUUGAAGAAAGAAGAAGAUAGAUCUAACAAGGAACGGAAAGAACGAGUAAAUAACACGAACAAUGAUGAGGAACCUUCGAACAAGGAAGACAAUCCUUCUUAUAUCGAAGAAACCAAUCGAGAGACUCACGAUUUCAACAGGAAUAUCUUGAAACCGGAAGUGAUAGUCUCCGAGUGCAAUUGGACUGAAGAUCCCAGUAAAGAAACUAUCAACUCUCAAAGUACAAAUCUGGACAUUGAACAGAACGAAGUUCGUACAGAAGACAAUUCUAAUGUUCCAGAUAGUCAUAAGAACGAAGAGGAUGUAGAAGAGAAGGGUAAAGAAGUGAAGCACCUCCUGAGCGUACAGAACUCUAGAGAGGAGACCGACGACGAGGACAGUGGCGUCACUUCGGAUAUGAGUCGCAUGAUCUCUGAAGUGGACACCGAUUCAGAAUGCACCUCCUCCAGGAACAUAAGAAAAUACCAGAGGACUCAAACGCAUUCAAGGCUCUUUAGACUUUUAAACGACGACUCGAUCCUUCCGGAGGGUACAGAGAAGAGCAACGACACACCUUGCAGAAGAAAGUACCUGAGCCUGCCUCUGAACAACACCUUCAACUAUGACGAGAACUACUGUUCCAACUAUUCCAGUGGCAUCACUUCGCCAGAAUACUCGCCCGUCUGCGAGCAAUCCUGGCGAAGGCUCCACGAUACAGAAAACUCCAGGGUACCAGAUCAAAAUGGUCAUGGUCAUCCUUUGACUCGACAGGAACGCGUCUCUUGCAAGGAGGACCCUUACUAUCAGGCCUGGAAGACGUCCAAGACACCCAUAAACUCUGACCACUCUGACGUGAUGCCGUCGUUGGCCUUCAAAGUCCUCGAAAGCAGGAGACCAUUGUGGUCUUAUAGGGUGAAUGUACUAUGUCCACGGAUCAAAAGCACCAAGAGCGUACCCCAGGUGUUACGAACGAAUAACGCGACCGAUAACCCUCUACCUUCGAAUCCAUCCCCAUACGUGAACCUAAAAUCCGACCAUUGCUGAUGGCCCGGGGCAGAAUGAGGCCGCGUUUGGCCGCGAGCAACCGGUCCACGGACGAGCCUCGCGCAACUUUUCUCUAGAUUCGCAAGACUGGGCUGACUAUGCCCGGGAGGCUACAGGCUACGUGGUUUUUUUUU